AUGGUAGGCACUCCCAAACCAUCUCUUACACUCAUCCUUGCUGCGUCCGUGCCCCACCUAGGGAUCGGACUCAACGGAUCUCUUCCGUGGCGGCUUUCGCGCGAGCUCAAGUAUUUCAAACAGGUAACUACUGCGCGCUACCCCCCAUUGUCUGGCACUGUGCCCAGCUCUAGUUCCAGUUCAAGUUCCAGUUCCAGCUCCAAUCCUGCUUCUACACAGCUCGACCAAAAUGUGGUCAUCAUGGGCCGCAGAACCUGGGAUUCAUUACCUCCCAAAAUGCAGCCGCUGCCAGGACGCAUCAACGUGGUGCUGACAUCGGCUGCAGACGCAUUACGAGAAAAACAUGCGCACAAACCAGGUGCUGUGUUUGUUAGCUCACUAGCUGAGGCACUCGAGUUUGUGGAUGGACCGUGGGCACAGGCCACGGAGGGAAAGUCUCACACUCGCCAGGUAUUUGUAAUUGGCGGCGCCCAAGUAUAUGCGGCAGCACUACGUAGUCCGCGAGCUACCCGAGUCCUUCUCACAGAGGUUGUACGUGAUGACGGAACUGAAAACGUGGAGAAAAAUCACCAAGCUAAUGGUGGAGCAAUUGAGUGUGAUACGUUUUUGGGUCCUGAGGAAGGGUUUGCGUGGUACCCUCAUGGCGAACAAGGUAGCAGCGGAUUUUGGCGCCGAGAAAGUGAGAGCGAGCUGCGGCUGGCAUUGCCUGUGGAUCAGGUCGAACUGCCUUCUGGAGAUGAGGAGUACCCUGAGCUUGUGGAGAACGGGUUCCGGUACCGGUUCACGUUAUGGACAAGAAGAACAUAA